UGGGACUUUGGGAGAGAAAGGAGAGGCAGCAAGAGGCACCCCAGGGCCCUUGAGUCCUGAGCCUUUCCUGAGAUGCCACGGUUCUGCCACAAUCCACACAUUAUUCGGCUGUUUACCAGGCACCUCCGGUCAAAUGGGGAAAAUGAAACUGAAAGCAGGAAGUGCCCUACCCUGCUUUCACUCAGGGUUUCUUUCCUUCUCUGUUCCUUUCCUGAGACUGGCCCCUCUCAGCUGUAACAGACACAUUUGGACCAAUGGUUUCAUUGCUGGGCGGUUGUGCUCAGGCAGCAUCGUUGAUUUGGACCUCAGAAGGUGGAGACUUGGAGACAGUGCUGAGAUAGCUGAAAAAUGGUGGCUGUGUGAAUUUGGGAGCAGGCGUAAUGUCAGAAGACUCCCAGGGUAUUGCCCUUCCUCAUAUUGCUGAUCUGUAGUCAGAUAAUCCUGAUUUAUCGUGACAGGAGUUUCUAGAGCUCCAUGUUUCUUUGAUCAAGUCCCAAGGAGAUAGUUUUCAUUUUCUCAAAGGCAAAAUGUUGUAACCAGUGGUAUUUAUGAUCAUGGAGACCAAGGGCCAUAACAACCCCCAGGACAGACCCACACCCUCUGGCAAUGGGGGGACUUCAGGGGGCAACAAUCAUUUGUUGAUAAAAGCUAUUAAACGAGAAAACAUGGAGCUGGUCACGCAGUUGCUGGAAGGAGGGGCUGAUGUCAAUUUCCAGGAAGAGGAAUGGGGCUGGUCCCCUCUGCAUAACGCAGUGCAAAUGGACAAUGAGGACACUGUGGAACUGCUGCUUCGCUAUGGCGCUAACCCUUGUCUGAGGAAGAGGAAUGGGGCUACCCCCUUCCUUGUCGCUGGGAUUGUGGGAAAUGUGAGGCUGCUCAAACUUUUUCUUUCAAAAGGUGCAGAUAUCAACGAGUGGGAUCUUCACGGCUUUACGGCUUUCAUGGAAGCCGCUGUGUAUGGUAAGGUCGAAGCCUUAAGAUUCCUGUAUGAGAACGGAGCAGAAGUAAAUUUGGGUCGAAAGACAAUGGAGGACCAAGCGAGGCUUAAGAAAGGAGGGGCCACCGCUCUGAUGGAUGCUGCUAAGUACGGGCGGGUAGAGGUCUUGAGGAUCCUUCUUGAAGAGAUGCAGGCAGAUGUCAGAGCUCGUGACAACAUGGGCAGAAAUGCUUUGAUCCAUGCUCUUGCGGGGCCUGAUGACAGUAAUGUGGAGGCCAUCACUCGCCUUCUGUUGCACCAUGGGGCCGAUGUCAAUGUGAGCGGAGAAGGAGGGAAGACGCCCCUGAUCCUGGCAGUGGAAAAGAAGCACUUGACUUUGGUACGGAUGUUUCUGGAACAAAAACAUAUAGAGAUUGAUGACACAGACCGGGAGGGCAAAACAGCACUGCUGUGGGCUGUUGAACUCAAUCUGACAGAAAUUGCCCAGCUGCUGUGUGGCAAAGGAGCCAGUACGGAUUGUGGGAACCUUGUUAUGUUAGCGAGGCGCCAUUACAACAGUUCCCUUGUAAAGCUUCUUCUCCAUCAUGGAGCCAGAGAAGAUUAUCACCCUCCAGCUGGAGACUGGGAGCCUCAGAGCUCACACUGGGGGCCGGCCCUGAAACACCUCCACAGGAUAUACCGCCCUAUGAUCGGCAGACUCAAGAUCUUUAGGGAUGAAGAAUAUAAAAUCGCUGACAGUUCAGAAGGAGGCAUCUACCUGGGGUUCUAUGACGAGCAAGAGGUAGCUGUGAAGCGAUUCUCUGAAGACAGCAGUCGUGGACAAAGGGAAAUCUCCUGUCUACAGAGCAUCCGAGGGAAGAGUAACUUGGUGACAGUCUACGGGCAUGAGAUCCACAAGGGCUGUCUGUAUGUGUGCACCUCCCUCUGCGAGCAGACACUAGAGAGGCAUUUGGCCCAGAGCAGAGGGGAGGCUGUGGAAAACGAGGAAGAUGAGUUUAGCCGAAACAUCCUCUUAUCUAUAUUUAAGGCCGUGGAGUGUAUCCUGUCAUGUGGAUACACUCACCAGGAUCUACAGCCACAAAACAUCUUAAUAGAUUCCAAGAAUGCUGUUCGUGUGGCAGAUUUUGAUAAAAGCAUCAAGUGGGCUGGAGAGCCAGAGCAAGUCAAGAGCGAUCUAGAGGCCCUUGGACGGCUGGUCCUAUAUGUGGUAAGGAAGGGAGACAUCCCUUUUGAGACACUGAAGACUCAAAGCAACGAGGAAGUGAUUACAUUGUCUCCAAAUGAAGAAAUUCAGGACCUCCUUCGGCAGCUGUUCUGGCCUAGGGAACAUGUGGAGAACCUUCUGAGCGACCUGCUGGGUCAUCCUUUCUUCUGGAGUUGGGAGAGCCGCUAUAGGACCCUUAGGGAUGUGGGAAAUGAAUCCGAGAUCAAAACGAAAAUACAAAGCCAAGAACUCAGUAUCCUCCAACUACUGCAACCUAGACCAUCUGAACCUUCCAGAAGUUUUGAUAAGUGGACCUCUGAGAUUGACAAAGGCAUUAUGAAAAAAAUGCAAUGGUUUUAUAGAAAGAAACCCCAUUUAAAAUACCAGGAUACUGUGGGUGAUUUGCUAAAGUUCAUCCGGAAUUUGGGGGAACACAUUCAUGAAGAAAAGAAUGGAUGGAUGAAGUUGAAAAUUCCAGACCCUUCCCGGUAUUUUCAGGAGAAAUUCCCCGAUCUGAUCAUCUACAUCUAUAAGAGACUACAGAACACAGAAUAUGCAAAGCAUUUCCCCCAAAUUCACAAUGCACACAGGCCCUAUUGUGAUGAGGGCAAUGGUGGCCAGCAGACUAGCCAGCCCUGAGUGCUGACUGAGCCUUCUGAGGUCCUUAUUAGCUGUGUGAUCCAGGGCAAAUCACAACUCUCUGGGCCCCUUAACCAACCUGGUUGCUUGUGAGGGAUGAGUUGGAUGGAUAAUGUCAGUUCCUGGCAAUGUGUCAGGCAGUCCCUACAUGUUUAUAUAUAUAAAAAAGUAUAUGCUCAAAUUACCAUGGUGCUUUUUUUUGGGUAAAGAUUAGAAGCAAGAGCCAGAGGGCAUCCUGCUGAAAUUCCUCUUGUCUAUUGCACGGAAGGAGUGAGUACCUAGACUUCUAGUACUGUAUGCUUUACAUCAACUAUCUCGCGUAAUUAUCCCAAAGAUCUUGUUUGCAGCAUGGGUUAAUAUCCCCAUUUGAGAACUGAUGAACUUAUAACUCAAAGAGUUUGAACUACUUGUCCCAGAUCAUACAACUUGUACAGAGCACUGAAUAAAUGGAUGUGGUGUUGUUGCCUCUCACUUAAGCAUCUUAGAACUUAAUUACUAGCCCAGGGAACAUUCGGAUGAGACCUAAAAGAAAUAUAUCAAAGGGGCUCCAGGUGGCUUGCCCAUUCAUUCACUCACUCGCUCAUUCAUUCAGCAAAGUAUAAGUCAAGGCACUGAUAUUUUUUUAAAUUUCAUUCCUUCUAGAACCACCUGCACUGGUUCUAUGAUCUUAAGGUUUUUAUGACCCAAAGGCAGUAGCACUAACCCAGGGCCAUUUCGCCUCUCUGGGGCCAUUUGGUAGUGUCUGGAAAAGUUUUUGUUGUCAAAGCUGGGGGACAGGGAGUGUUACUGGCACCUAGUAGACAGAGGUCAGGGAUACUACCAAACAUUCUACAAAGCACAGGAGAUCCCCCCACUCCCAAAGAAUUAUCCAGCCUAAAAUAUCAGUGGGACUGAGGCUGAGAAACUUGGCCUUAAGGGGCUAGGAUACCUGCAAACUGGCUCAGGCCCCAGGACCAUGGAGUGCAUGGGCUGUCUCACACAGGAGUGACUUGCAUUUGUUUUUUGCUUUUGGAUCUGUAGUGAGCCAAUUCCAGUGUCACCUCCUCAGAAGUCCUCUGAACACCUCGCCGAGUGCUCUACACCCCAGUCUGAGUGCUCUUUCUGGCUCCUUAGCACCCAGAGCCACAUGGGAGCAUGCUUCUCCCCACCCUGAGCAUGCUCCUUCUGCACAGGAAUCUAAGCUCCUUAGGGCCAGUGAUAUAUACAGGAUGGGCAAAAGUAGGUUUACAGCUAUAUGUGAAGCAGAGUUUAUUCUUGUAUUAUUGUAGAUUAAUUACUGUAUUCUUUGUGAAACAGUGUAUUCUUGUGUUGUUGUUUAUUAUUAUAUUCUUUACCAUAUAAACAACUGUAAGCUUACUUUUGCCCAACCCUGUGUGUGUAUAUGUACACACACACACACACACACACACACACACACAUAUACAUGUUUUAAUUUAUAUCAUUACUGCCUAGCAAAGUGACUGCCACAGGUAAUAUUCAAUAAAAAUUCAUUCAAAAUGAAUGAACCACCAUAUAUGAGUAACAACACCACCUUAUAUUUUUAUGGUGCUUUAUAAUUUCUAAAUUAAACCUGCAUAUUUUAUUUCUUAGUUUUCAACACAAUCCAUUUUUCAGAUGAGGAAACGAAGGUCAGAGACAAGGUGACUCACUCUAAUACACAGCUGGGAAGCAUCACUGUCUUGAUUUGAACUGCUUUUCUGGCAGUAAGUCUGCCAUUCUUUCUACUUAUCCUCCUCGUGGGGGUAAACAUGGAGCUUUGCAAUGGAAGGCGCAGGGCAAAACAGGAUCCUGGGAACUUCCUGAAGAGGAAGGAGGUCUCACAUGGGUGUCACUAAAUGAAAUGAAGAUGUGCUGGAAAAACACACUUAGGACUUUUGUUUAAGGUUGGAGGAGUAGCAAGAUUGUGUUAGGUUUUAAAAUGAAGCUUUGAUUUUCAGAUUUGUAGUGAGUAUGGAUAUGUCAGUCAUUUCUAUCAUUAUGUCAAGCUGGCUUCCUCCUUUUAAAUUCUUAUCUAGAUCUUUUUUAUUAACUUUAAAGAACUGUUCGCAUUUAGAAUUACAAAGGUAUUUAGUAGAAGGCUUGAGUUGAUAUGUAAAAGAGACAGCGAUUCUGCAUUGUGUGUGGCCUCACCACCUUGCCCCCUUGAAGAAGACAGCUGCACUCCAGGGUUUUGGUCACCUGUCCAUGGGAUAUUUUUUUCUCGGUACUGCACUUCUGCCCACUUCUGCUCUGGACUGGAAGUCCCCUGAUCCACACACACCAUCUUCCCCAUGGUAACCGAUUUGCAUUCAGGAGGCCCUGGUAGGCAUCAGUGACCCCGAGAGUAGCUUCCUUCCCAUCCCUGGAAUUACAGCCCAGGCCUUCUCGGCUGACUGGCAUUUUCCUGAUGCCCUUUAGAGCAACAUGGAUGACUAGUGAGUGGGAAAUUUGUGAAGACUGCCCCUUCCCCCCAAAAACAAACAAACAUUGGUCUGUCUUUUAUGCUGGCACACAUGGUAAAUAGGAGCCCCCAGAGGGCAGUUUAUUUGCCACUGUCCUGAAUCUGUGUCCUCAAUAUGCUUCUCUAUUCUGGUGACACAAGGUGAGGAACUAGAUCGUGGUCCUCCAACCUGAAGUUCUACAAGCCCCCAGGUAAGAAUAGCACCCAUCCUGCCCCUUCCCCCUAGUCAGGUGUGUAAUGCCCAUUCACAGAUGCAAUACAGAUUCAGACAAGUUCAGUGAUUGGCCCAGUGCUGCCCAGCCAAUGACAAAGCCAGGGUCUUUCCACACUUUAGCUAAGAUUCUUGUAUAUUAUUGGAUGAAAAGUAAAUCAAAAGCAAAACAAAACUUGUAGGGUGUGAGUUUUCUUUAAAAUAAAUGAGGUGGGUCAAAAGUAACCAGAAUCAACAUAAACUUGAACUUUAAGACAUAAGCCAAUUUUUGAAUAAGAGUAACAAAACUUAUUGUAGUGUCUUGUUAAAAAAUCUAGUUUAUAUUAUUUGAUAAAUACUAUGGGAACACCAGAAAUAAAAAACAGCCAUACUCCCAUUAUGAUAAUAAACUUUAAAAUUUCCACAUUUCAUCUCAGAGUUUGUUUACAUGCAUAGGAGAGUUUUACAUAAUCGACACCCUAGUGUAUUAUUUCAUUCUGAUUCUGCUUUUUUACUGAUUAUAUUAAAAAUAUAAUGUUAUAUUGAUUUACUGUAAUUUUUUUAAAUGAUUGUGUAAUGCUCUAUCAAGUUAAGAUUUCAAAAAUUAUUUCAACAUUUCUUUUUUGCUUGUAUUGUUAGUUUGCUUUCUCUCAGUAAUAUAAAUACUCCAAGGAGCUGCUUUAAGCAUAUAACUUCAUCCUUUUUUAAAUAAAAAUUUAUAGUUGAUACUUGAAA